UUCUAUUACCCUAAUAAAUUGACUUAAAAGAUAUUUACCUUAUUAUUUAUUAAUUCUCAGGAAUUUAGGCGUAUCAAAGGGAACAUAAACUCAAUGAGGGAACAUGCAGAGCUUUUGAGUUCUGUCAGGGAUGAUAUUACCGACUUUAAGACAUCGGGCAGUAUGUCACCAAGGAUGCAGUUGCUACGGGAGAGGGCUGCCAUCCAUGGAAAUAUAUCUCAUAUGGAUGAUGUGAUUAGUCAAGCUCAAGCAACAAGAGCUGUGUUGGGUUCUCAAAGAGCCUUGUUUUCUGAUGUUCAAGGAAAAGUGAAAGGUCUUGGUGACAAGUUCCCCAUGAUUCGAAGCCUUCUUGGUUCGAUAAGAAGGCGGCGUUCAAGGGAUACUCUUAUUCUGUCAGCAGUAAUUGCUGCUUGUACGUUGUUUCUCAUCAUUUAUUGGCUUUCAAAGUGACCAAAAUAUUUUGUAACGCAUUAUGAAUUAUGGUAAUGCUAUCCAUUGAAUUUUUCCGCUUGUCUGUUUUUUUUAUUUUCUGUUUUUCAGAGGAGGGGGAGAGUAGGAUUUUUUUUCAACCCACUGUCUAGGAGCCUCAUAUUUGUAUGUCAGUUGUUGACAUUAAAAAAAAUAUUUGAUUUUUUAUAUAAAUCAGUAUCAAAUAGUAAAUUCCACAUU